AUGUGUGGCCCAAUUCCAGACACCAUUGAUAGAGAUGUGAUGGCAGAUGAACAAUUAUCCGGCUUUGUGGAUUGGGAAUUUGCUGGUUGGUACCCUGAGCAUUGGGAAUAUACCAAGGCAUGCUACAUUUGUGUUCAAAUGACGCCUUUGGUUGGAAACGAUGGCAAAACUUUGAAAGCAGACGGGCUUGCCCAAAUCGACCAAAUCUUGGGCAACCCAAGUAUGACCUCGCAGACCCCCGAAUCUAGAUGCAGGGCAUUGGCACUGGACGGCCACGCUCCUACUCGCGUGGCACGCUUGCACAAUAUGGGAAUUGUGGAUGCUGCUGAUACAUCGGUGGUGAUGGCCAAGCCGUACUAG